GGCUCCCUGAAAUCCCGGCAGCUAGCAAGUUUUCUUCUGAGCAAAUGCUCGUUAGCUUUAGCUCUGUGAAACUACUCUGAUUCAGACAAUCAACAGGUUGGUGUUAGAGUUUAUAUACUGUUGUUUAUUAUAUCGCAGAAGCUAGCUUGACUUGGGGUAGCAUACCUCCACACUAUUCCUAUUCGUUUCAAACUCAUCGUGCUGAGCAACGUACUAACCAGCUCAGCUUUGAUUUAAAGCCUGUGCUAAUUAGCAGUAAGUUAGCGGGGUUACUUUCGUUCCACCAAGGUUAGCGUUAGCCGGGGACCGCUGCCCUCUCGCUGGAGGGUCAGAUGUCUUUGAGCUGAAGCGGCUCUCGCACAUUAGCCGCGGUGUUCGCUGUUGCGCUCGGCUCGGCUGGGAGUCCUGUUUAAAUGUGGCGGUUUGCAUCGCUUGUGAAGUGACGACGUGGGAGGCGCAGCACGGAGUCAGCUGAAGGGAUGGGACAGCCACCCGCGGUGAUCCUCCAGCACCAGAUGAGUGGCAGGUAGUGGAGGUGCCAAAGCAGUGUGGUGCUGCUGUGCACAAUGAAGAAGAUAUUCAGCUUCACCAAGAAAAAGAAACACCCGUCUGGUACCCCUGACAGCGGUAGUGUGCUUUCUCUUGGCUAUGAACUGAAAGAGAAGGACCUCGGGAAGGUUCACAAGGCUGCCUGGACGGGGGAUGUGGCAAAGUUGAAGCAGCUUGCGAAAAAGAAUGAUAUCAAUCAACUUGACAAGGAGAACAGAACUGCACUACAUAUUGCCUGUGCCAGUGGACAUGUGGAGGUCGUACAAUUCCUUCUCGAGAGCAAAGCCAAGCUUAACCUAUGUGACAAUCAAAAUAGAUCUGCCUUAAUGAAGGCAGUGCAGGGCCAGCAUGAGCGAUGUGUGAGCAUGCUGCUGGAGAAUCAUGCCGAGCCUAACCUGGUGGACAUCAAUGGCAAUACAGCCCUACAUUUAGCUGCAAACAUCCCAUCCAUCUCCAUCGCCAUCCUGCUGCUGCAGCAUGAGGCUAACAUCAAUGCCCCAAACAAGGAGGGAUUUACCCCCCUGACUGUGGCAGUCCGUGAGGACCAUAUUGAGAUGGCUGAGUUUCUCCUCAAUGAGAGUGCUGAUGUGAAUUUACUGGACCAAGACCAAAGGUCCCCAUUAAUGAUAGCUGCUGGCAAUGGACAAAUCGGUAUGUUGCGGCUACUCUUGCGGUUCAACGCAGAUACAACACUCAAGGAUACCAAAGGAUGGUCAGCUGACGACUACGCAGGAAUGAAUGGGCAUCAUCCUUGUUCUCACCUGAUCAUUGAGCAUGGCACCCAGAGGAGCGAUGGCCCCUCCCUGUCACAUCAAGGUCUGGGCAAAAAGAAGAAGAAAAAGGCAUCGGGCAGUCCUUUCCAAGAUCUGGAAGCAGGCUUCUCUCUGGGAGGACCAGCCACUGACAAAGAUGGUUUUGAAGACAAUUCUCAGUCUGAGUCCCUAAGUCGGGUUUCAAAAAGUGCCUCUGAUGAAUGGCCUUCAUCUGAAGAUGAUGAUGAAUUGGUUUUAAACAAGAAGAAACCACAGAAAGUAAACCUAAGCAGAAUGAUUGCAUCUAAAAAGGGAGAAGCUUCUGCACUGCUUGACAGAUCCUUGAGCGGUACAGAAUCUGAUCCAGAGAGCGAGAGUAGAGUCCAGAGAAUCCCACCCCUCCAAAAAAAUGUACCAUCCAGCAACUCUCUGCAGAAACCUGUAGAUCCCACUCCCAUUUCCUUCCUUACAAAAGCACCCCAGAUGACUUCCAUCCCUCAUCCUAGCUACAGAGAGAAAGAAGAUUCCACCGAUAAUGAGGACGAUGACAAUGAGGACGAUGAUAAUGACGACAAAGAGCAGGUGGGAGAGGAUGAGGAGGAUGAGGACGAAGGAGACAUGUCAGAUGAAAAUGAUCAGCCUGCUGAAAGUGAAGAGUCUCUUGGUGCCGCUUCAACUGUUCCAGAGACAGAAAAGGAUAAGAAAAGAGACUUCCUUUCUGAGCUGGGUCUACAGAAGGGAGAAGAAGAGCAAGAUUCUUGGGACUCUGAGUCCCAUUCUGAAGACACUAAUAUGCCACAUGAGGAGAAACAAAGCUCAUUCCUCAGGCCUACUGAGCCUACUCAGCAUCAAGAAGUGACGUCCACUGCUGAUGAAGCAAAUAAAGAGACUGGAAACGAUGCUAAUGAAAAAGAACAUGAUACUAAAGAUGACAUCACCCAAAAAGAAACUGGGAAGCCAAAAUGGGAACCACUUAGUGUUCUGAGCAAACUUGAAGGCGAUAAUGACAGAAAGACAGACUUGAUGGAAGAGCUUGGUCUGGGUGACGUUGAUGAUCUUGAAGAUGCAUCAGACUGGGACUCAGCCAGUACAACCAGCAAGAGAACACUGCCAGGUCGUAAAAUGACCUCCCCUGGACUCGAUGAGUUCCCAGAAUGCAUUAAUCCAGCUUUGAAUGAGCAAGAUGAAGAUGUUACUGCAGCAGCGCCCCCGACACCUCAGAGGAGCAUCAGCCUUACACCCCAUCGACUCUUACCCCAUCCUCAACCUCGAGCAAGGAAGCUGGUGCCUCAGAAACCAGAAAGUGAAGAAGAAUCAGAUUGGGAACCAGAAAAUGUAGCACCCUCUGCUUCUACCAACACGGCCAAAAUUGACAAUCAGUGGCAAUACACAGCUGAGCAUCAGGCAGUAGUUAAACCAGAUUCUCCUGAGUUUUCAUCAAUGGCAGGAGACAGACAAGGGGAUAAAGAGCUGGACGGGCCUCAGCACAAGGAGAAAGAUGAUACAGGAGAUACAUGUGAGUUAGGUUUAAAUAAAGCAUGGCUAUCAGGCCGUGUAGGGGAAAACUGUAAUGACUUACGAGAUCAACCCAGUCCUGAAGGAGGAGGUGAAGACUGCCCUUGGGAGAAACGCUACGAGAAGCUCUGGGUAGAGGUGGAGAAACGGGAAGUAAAAUCCACCUUCAAGAACGUUGCUGGUGAAUUAAAAGAGAAGUUUGGGGAGCUGUUUCAAUCAAGAUGUUCUGCAGAAGAGGCCGCAGAAGAGGAGCAGGCCACAGCUGAAUCUACUUCUGCAGAAGAAGGGUCGAGUGAUGAAGAUGAAGGAGAAAUCAUUGUGCGCCCGGCAGCUAGAGCAAGAAGUACUGUCCUUCUCACCAUACCUGAGCAGAGGGAGUCUGGACUGGAAGACUCGCUGACAGAGUCACCUGGUAACUCUCGGUGUGAAGAUGGGAUGCAGCUCGCUCAGCCUCCGGUCAGUGACAGCAGCAUGCACCAGGAGCCAGAGUUACUCACUGAUGAUGCUCUGGAGGAGAGCAGGUCUCCUUCACCACAUCUCACCACAGCACAGAGAGAGUGCUACAGAGAUCACGCUAGCACAGCUUUUACCGACGGUCACAUUAUACGUCACAUUUAUGACUCGAAUGUUGACUCUAGCUCAUUUUUAAAGGAUGAGACCAAACAUGGGCCGUUCCACAAGCAACAUUUGGACUUGAUCUCAAAGGACCAAACUGCCGAUCUACAGGAAGCUGAGGUGAACAAUGUAGAAGAGGAUUGUGAGGAGGCCACCAAGUCUUACCCCCCCUUAAUAAGCAGGCAUUCAGCAUCUAUUCCUGGUGUCUCUGACGAAGAGCUAGAAGAGGACUUGGAGAGGUUUAAACUUGAGGUUGGUAAAGAGAUGACAAAGACUGGAGCGGAGGUACAAAAAUCCAACGCUUCCAGGGAUACUGGUGGAAUGACACAGGAAGAGGCGGAUACUGAGAAACCGGAGAGCAGGUUAGGAUCCCUGUUGAGACAAACUGGAGCAAUUCAGCUGGAACAGCAGCCUGCAGCCAACAAGAGCACCAACGAGGCACCAGAGCAAUCACAUCUCCCGCUCCAGCAGAGCCACAGUAGCAACAAACAGGAGGAACAGACUGUAGAAGAGACCUUAAAGCUGGAGCUGGUCAGAGGGGCCCGGCACAGCAGAGCCCCUCCGACCAACACCCAUGUUAACGGAGAUCCUCUCUCUGUGUUUGACGAUAGCACUUUAAGUGACGUGUCGGACGAUGAAGGAAGGUUAACCAGCAGAAAACAAAAAAAUGAGAAUGCAGAAGAAGAGCUGGCUGAAGACUUUGAUGAGCUCACUCAGUCGUCAGACACAGCAACAGACGACAUCGACUCUCCUACUUCAGGCUAUCGUCAUGCAUCUGUCCUCAUUCAAAAGCUUGACUCAGCUACUUUAGACUCGAGAAGCAUGGUGAAGCUGCAGAACAUUUUCCACGAAUAUGAGCGCUCCAUCCAAAAGGCAAGGAGUCGCCAUGGAUACCUGGCAGAUAAGGUUAGCCAGCUGGAAGUGGAAAGAACUGAGUUGAAGAGCACCCUCGAGGAAGUUAAAGAUGUUAAAUCUGCCUUGGAGCGAAAUCAGCUGGAACUGCAAACUGAAGUCACAAACCUCAAGUUUCAGCUGAAACAGGAGCAGGAGAAUCGCCGCAAUGCCACCAUGAUGUACAACACCACCAGAGAUAAGCUGAGGAGGACAGAGGAGCAGCAUCAGUUAGAGGUUCAGGAGAGACAGAAGGUAGAGCUGACUCUCAGGAACCUGGAGCUGGAGAUGAGGACACUGGUCAACAACAUGAAACAGCUUGAAGAGGACCACAGUGAGACCCAGAGACUGCUGGCUCAGGAGCGCAGUGCAAGGAUGCUGCAGGAGAACCUGCUCAACAGUCAUCUGCAUAAACAGCAGGAGAUAGAGGAGGAGAACAAGAGAAAUAUAAGCAAAAGCAACGAGGCCUUGUCUCAGCUCACUGAAGCCAGUGACAGGGAGAGGGAGCUGCUCCAGCAGAACGCUACCUUACAGGAGCAGCUGACCAUCCUUAGAACAGACCUGGAGCGUUCACAGGCCAACAGCACUCUCAAAGAGAGCCACAUUUUGGAGGAGAAUGAGGCUCUCAAGGAGCAGCUAGAAGAUUUUCGACGAGAUCUCAAACUCAACAGGGACGCCCUGACCCAAACUGUCUUCAACUGCAACAACCAGGUGACCACCCUGAAGUCUGAGUUAGCUAUGAUCACAACCCGCCUGGAAAAUGAACGACAGACUCGGGAAACUCUGGAGGUAGAGGUGGAGUCUACUCGUACCAGACUGGCGGGGGCAGUAAAGGAGGCUGAGCGUUGCCUGGCAGCUACCGCAGACACAGAGAAAGCUCUGCUCCGGGAGAAAGAGGAACAUCAGCGUCUUAAAGAAAAACUCACAGGGGAAGCUACCACUCAGCGUGAGACGGUCAGCUGCUUGUCCCAGAAGCUGGCCAAGUCAGAGGCUUGUACAAACAGCUUGGAGAAUGAAGUCCAUCGGGGCACCCUGCAGCUGACUGAGAAGGGCCUACUGCUGGAUGUCCUACAGCGGGAGAAGGACCAGGCGACUGCGCGUGUCAAGGAGCUAGAAGCAGCUCUGCAGUCUGAAAGGGAGCUGGUGAGCCGCUCCAAAGCUCGCCAAGAGGUCACACAGGAGCGGCUCGCACAAGCCCAAAGUGAGGGUAUGUUAAUGCGGCAACAGCUAGAGGAGGCCCAGAACAAAGGCGUCGCAAAGGACCGCGCUGUGACAGAUGCCCAAGAGCGCUUCAGCGACAUUCUUUCCAAGCUGCGCUCUGACUGCGAGGAGAGGGUACAACUAGUGGAGGAGAGAAAUAAGGAGCUGGCCAGUAAGGCUGCUGAUCUCCGAGAUCAGAUCUACAAGUUGGAGGAAGAGAAGAAUGAAAGAGAGACAAACCUCAGGCAGCUGCAGCAGGAGCUCGCUGACUCCCUCAAGAGGCUGUCGAUGAGCGAAGCCUCUCUGGAGGUCAACACGCGCUAUCGCAAUGACCUGGAGGAGGAGAAGACUCGGCUCUUUAAAGACAUUGACAGGCUUAAAGGAAAGUUGGAGGAGAGUGAAGACCACCACGUGCAGGCGGAGAGACGUAUUAACAGUCUGAAGAGCGGCCUCGAUGAAAGGGAAAAGGAGCUCACCACUGCUGCUCAGAAACUCCAGGAGGCGCUGUCGGCCUCAGCAGCCUCUGAUACCACCAUCAAACAGCUGGAGGAAGCUGUGCAGAGGCUGGAGAUAGAGAAUGCCAGACUGGAGGCGGCUGCAAAGCUACAGUCUAACAAAAUUGGAGUUCUUCAGAAAGGGGCCCAGGAAGCUGUCAUGGUAUCUAAUCUCUUCCAGCUGUCUGACUGCUCACCUGGAGGAGGGGUCAGAGGUCAUUUGGAGGAUUUGGUAACAAACCUCCAAAGCAGUAAGAUGACUUUGGAAGACCAACUCAAUAGAGAGGUCCAGAAGCAAAGUGUUCUGUCUCACACAGCCCAGGACUCUCAGGCUUUGUGGGAGGAGGAGCUGAAGAGUCGUUCUAAGCUAGGACUGCGCCUGGCAGAGCUCGAAAAGGAAAAAGGAGAACUGAACACUCAGAUGGAAAUAGAGAAGAAGAAAGCCAAAAAGAUAACAGAGCAGAAGAAGGCCGUUGACACUCGUCUGGAUCAAGAGAUGAAGAGAAACACAGAGCUUCAAAAAGAAAUGUACAGGCUUCGUACACUAUUGAAGACUGCUAAGAAGAAACUGCGGGACCAGGACACAGGUGGAGCAGAGUUUGGUUCUCCUAUGAGCAGUGUAAGGAUGGAGCUGGGCAGACACAGCCAGGCGGAGGGUGGCUUCGGACGAGUGAAAGAUAAGGUGGACGAUCUGCAGGUGCAGCUGGAGAAGGAAGCAACUCGUCGCAGCCAACUGGAGAAGGUGAACGGGGAGCUCAAGGACCAGCUGGCCUCCCUGAAGAGCUUCAGCCACAGUACCGACCAGCUGGAGAGGAGCAAGAGGCAGCUCGAAGAGGAGGUAUUGGACCUGAGACGCAGAAUGGAAACAGCUCACAUGGAGCAGAGCCAGGUGGAGCAGUAUCGCCGUGACACAGAGGAGAGGGCCCGUCAAGAGAUACAGCAGAAACUGGAGCAGGUCAACCUCUUCCUGCAGACCCAGGCAGCAUCCCAAGAAGCAUUAGAUCAGAUUAAAGCAACCAAUGAGGUCAACCUGCGCUCUCAGCUGGAGCAGAAGAUCCGGGAGCUGGAGGGGGAACUGGGCCGCGCCCGCAACACCCAGCAGGACAGCCUUAACCAAAGAGAUUCAACUCGCACCGAGCUAGAGCGUUACCGCCAGCUCUACGCCGAGGAGCUGCGCCUCAGCAAGUCCCUGGCUGCCAAACUAGAGAGGGCCAACAGUCGGCUCACAGAAGCCAAUUCCAAGCUGCUGAACGAGCGCAGCCGGUCUCUUUUCGCCAGCAGCAUUGCAAACGGAAGCCUUGGAAGUCCCUCGCUGGACGUGGGCGCUUUGGGUUCACCAGCAAACUACGGGGCCACACUGGGGACCCUGAACAGAAGCCUUGGCCUGGGCCUCUCCCUCCUCAGCCCUGUGGCUGAUGCACAGAACAGCAGGGUGGAGGACUAUCUGGCCAAGAUGCAGAGUGAGUUGGACAGAAACAUCUCGAAGGAAUUAAACAACGCGACAGCAGAGCUGGACGUCGGGUCUGCGCGGUUGUCCCCGGUGGGCUCCGUCUCAAGGGUGGAGCUGGACCCCUUCAGCAGGGCGACACAGCAGUACUUGGAGGUACUGAAGAAGAACAACAUGAUCUGAACACACACAUCACAGCUGCUAAACCAACUCGAACUCAGUUUUCCUAAUUCAGCCAUUAAAGCAGCAUCUUUAAGGCCAAGGCCACAACCUCGUUGCGUAACUAUUAGAAUCCAUCCUUGUAUCCUCUUUUGUGAAAGAAAUCAAACAUAAUGCACAUUGCACUAAACCACUCAGGAACAAAGGGCAUGAGUCAUAUACAUAUAUAUGAAAUAUAUGUGUGUUGCAUUAUUGAUGGGUACAAUUAGAGAGAACCUUGAAAGUAUUUGUUCCUUCUGACUAAUUCUGAUUCAUCUGUAGCUGUUUUGUUAGCAGAGAAGAUACUGUGUAUAUACAGAGUAACGGUUUGGAUUUUUGUUUGUGAAUAUUUGGUGUUUCUAAAUUUGAAUUUAUAAGUAUUUGAUGUAUGCAUCAUGAAUUUAUUUUUACCAAGAUAUUACAUUUGGUACGUGCCAUCAAAUGGUGCAAUAUUGGUCUUGGUGUUACAUUAUUAGACUCAUAGGCGCAUGGUGUUUAUGAUUCUUUUAUUUAUUCUUUUUUUUUUUUAACCAUGAUAUACUUGAAUCAGACGAGCUGGAACACUCUCCAGUUAUUCAAACAGGGUGACUGCAUUGUUCACUUGUCAUUUCAGCUUUUGCUUGGUCUGUUUUCAGGGCUAUCAAAAGUGAAAUGCACUCAUUUUCAUCCAUGAAUAUUGUAAGACUACAUAUAUUGAUAAACAUUUAUGACGCCUGUACAUUACAGAAGAUUCUAACGUUAUAAAUAAAACAGAAAAAACCCUGAA